AUACUUCUAUCCCCUAUCCCUAAACCUAAAGAUCAUAGAACACUUUUUGCAUUUUUAGAUUUGUAAAAAAUAUUGUUCUGUACAAUUUAUUAGCUUUUUUGCCCCUGGGGACCUCAAUUUUGGUCCCCACGGUGACACGAGUCCCCAUGUGUUGGUGUGUAUUCAGGUUUAGGUCCCCACCGGGAUAUACAAACAUGAAAACACACACACACACAAACACACACAGCAGAAUGCAUAAAUCUGUAUAUUUGUUGUAGAUUCUGCAAUAUGUUAAUAAGAUAGUAUUUUAUCAGAUUCUUAAGCAGAUGUUUUAAAAAAUAAUAUAUAAAACUUGUUAUAAAAAUGCUCUUUUAUUUAUCACCUCUAAAUAAGCUAUUCCACACAACAUAAAUGUACAUAUAUUAUAAAAGACGAAUUCAUAGAAAAGGGCAGUAGAUACAAUUUUAACAUUUCAUUACUUAAAAAAGUUUUUGCAUAGUUUUAUUUCUAUAGUAGCAUAUUACAUGAAAAUAGUUUAACAUUUUGUAUAAGCAUUUUGUACACCACACAUCACUAGAAUAGUAUCAUGCACCCAGCUGUCAAAUGAACUCUAAGUCAUAAAGCAUAACGUGAAUUGUGUUGUCAUAUUAACAAUUGUUAUAAAAGUGUCAUUACUUAUCAUCAUCAAGUAAAAUUAGGAAUAAAAAUCCUGAACCAGUGGAACAGUUUGAUUUUUUUAACCAACCAAUAUUUACAACAAAAACAUCAUAAGUUAAUUUGUUGUUAGUUUUCUAAUGUGCGGGUAAAAGUGUUGCGUAGAGCCUUUUUUCUUUAAAUAUUUUUGUAAGAAUGUCAUCUUACAAAAAUCACGAGUAAUACAAUCAACUUUUUAAUGCGUUUCUUUUGUGACGACGUGUGGCCAAAAACGCUCUCUAGGUGGGUGGCUACUAAGUUUUGCACACAGCCUUUGCAGGAAACAGGGCAAAUUCGAGCAGUGGACAUCAGAUCGCUCCCUUUCGCUCCGCCCAGGCCAGUGAGAACAGGUUUUGGCACAGAACAGAGUUCAGUUAUCCAUAACUGAGAAUAACGCUGAGUGUUAAACUGGCAUUUUCGGAAGUUACUUCUCUCUGUUUUGCCUCUGCUCAAGUGAUAUAAAGAUGCGGGCAUAUCUGGCACUUCUGGUAGCUCUUACAUUACCUGAAUAUCUGGAUGCGUUUCACGGAUUAUACGCCUUCGGUCAGCCCGAGCUCUUCCAGAAAAAGAGCAACUGCAAACCAAUACCCGCAAACCUUCUCUUGUGCCACGAUAUCGAGUACACGGACAUGCGUCUCCCCAACCUCCUCGGACACGAAACCAUGAACGAAGUUGUGCAACAGGCUUCCUCCUGGAUCCCGUUGGUGCAGAAGCAGUGUCAUCCGGACACCAGAAAGUUUCUCUGUUCGCUCUUCGCUCCGGUGUGUCUGGAUGAUCUAGAUGAGCCGAUUCAGCCGUGCAGGUCGCUGUGCGAAAGCGUGAUGAACGGCUGCGCUCCGGUGAUGGCUGCGUUUGGGUUUCCUUGGCCGGAGAUGCUGGACUGCGAGCGCUUUCCACUGGAUAACGACCUGUGCAUACAACCUGGUAGUGGUGAUGCUUUAGUGCCCGUCACCAAGGAAGUUCCGAAGGUAUGUGAGGCUUGCAAAGAAAAACCUGAGAAUGACAAUGGAAUUGUGGACAGCUUUUGCAAGAAUGACUUUGCUUUAAAGAUCAAGGUCAAGGAGAUAUCCUACAUGAAUGGUGACACCAAGAUCAUUCCGGAAACCAAGAGCAAGACUGUCUACAAGCUGAACGGUGGUGUCACCGAGCGUGACCUCAGAAAAACCGUGCUUUGGCUGAAAGAUGGACUUCAGUGUGUGUGUGAUGAAAUGAAUGACAUCAAUGCUGCCUAUCUGGUGAUGGGCCAGAAGAUGGAUGGGAAUUUGGUUAUAACAUCGCUGAAGCGCUGGCAGAAGGGUCAGCGUGAGUUUAAGAGAAUUUCUCGCAGUAUUCGCAAGCUUCAGUGCUAGGACUGAGCAUUGAUGGUCUGAGCAACCAAAUAAUCUUUUGAAAGUAAUAGCCUGUAACAUUACCAUAGUUAUAUAUUAAAAAUGUCAAUGCCAUCUAGAGAACAGUUCAGUCAGGGUGACAUUACCAGUAGUAACUGUCAAGAAGCAGCUACAGUAAAAUAGGUUCAGCACAGAUCCACUUUCAUUUGCUUGUUCCAUCCUCAAACGCUUUAAAAUGUCAUUAAUCUCGGACAGAUGCUGUACUGUCUGCUAUCAUAAUUAUGGAACAAAGCCGCAUGUCUGUUUUUAAUGCAAUGUUAUCAUUUUUGUAACUGGAGUGAUGACAGCAGGUGAAGGUCCAAGACUCAUGCUGUUCACACAUUGAGAUGAAUGUUAAUGAAGUAUUAGAUGAGAUGUUGGCAGAAAAAUGGAAUUACUGCAAAAUCUUUCCCUGAUGUCCAUUUUGAUUUAUUAAUAACAGGCCACAUACCAAUGUAGAUUUUGUACAGAGCAUCAACAGGAUCAGAUGCAUAGCUGUCUUUUGAUGUAGUUCCUGAUGGUUAUAGUUAAGAAAUUUGUUUUUCAGCAAUGCAAUGACUUAAUCUACCAACAGCAGUGUGUUUGUGUGGGUGUUUUAACUAUUGGAGUUCUUUUUUUCAGCACAAUGAGAUAGCUGGAUCUAUUCUCAAUGUUUAAUAAAAUAUCCCAUGUGAUACCAGCCUCUGAAAUAUGAUCAUGUUAAUGUGAAUGAUUAAACUUCUGCCCAGACUAGAUAAAGACAGUGUGGAACACAGACAAAUGCAUGAUUUUUAUAACCCGAUGAUUUUGUCUACUUUCUAUUUACAUGUAGCCUAAACAUUGCACUUUUCCUAUGUUAAACCGUCUAUUUGACUUUCAAUUAGCAAAAAAUAGUGUAGUAGCAACUAGUAUUUGUUUAUUUCCUUUCAUGUCAGUUAUAAUAAUAAUGUUGUCUGUUUCUUGUAAUGGUCUCAAAGUCGAUUGUAUAUUAUUGUGUCGAAGUUGGUUAGUUGAAAAGGCACAUGGUGUCAUGGCUCUGCUUCAUUUAGUCAUGUUUUUCUUGGUCCUGUAGCAGAGUCAUGACAAAGCCUUUGGUUAUGUGUGGAGAGAAACAUAUUAUUGUCCUUUUGACAAUAAUAUACGUUCUCUCCAGUGUCUCGUCUCUGUUCCCGCCAUCUCGUUUCCUCGUUAUCUUUCCCUGAGUGUUUAAUUACCCACACCUGCCCCGUGUCGUUAUCCUUUGUCUAUCUUACCUAUGUAAAACCCUCAUGUUUCAUUGUCCUGUGUCGGUCAUUGUAUGUGCAUGGUAUGCGUUCUUCGUUCCCCGUAAUGCCUGUGCCUCUUGUUGCUGUUUCGUCUGUUGUAGUAAGUGUUUAGUUUAGUUUAGUCCUUGUCAAGUCUAUGUGGGUCUAGUGUUAAGUUAGUUUAAGUCUCCAUUGCCUUAUUGUUAUCUUGUUCUUGUUUUCACCCCAUCGCGGGUUUUUGUUUUAUGUUUAUUGUUAAAAUAAAGUAUUUUGUUCUCCCUGUACUCCCGCUGCCUGCAAUUGGGUUCUUUCCUGCCAUAGUCCAUAGCUGAGAUUCGUGACACAUGGCAAUUUCAAGACAUUUGUGAUCCUCUGUAAAUAUUCAGAUAUUCAAAUUUUUAUUCUUGUACAUAGAAUCAAAACUUGUAGUAUUUCAUAUUUUAAUCACAGUAGCAGUAUGUCGUUAUUUUGCAAGUGUUAAGAGUAUUGCUGCAUUUAUUCAUGUAAUGUAAUUUGAUUAUUGAUGAGUUAUACUGUAUCACUUGUCUCCAACAAUCACACAAUACAAAAGAGCAAAUAAAUUUGUAAUGAAAA